AUGGACAUCCACAUCAGCAGCAGAGACUUCCGCUGCCUGCAACUGGCCUGUGUGGCCAUUGGCCUGGUGGCUGGCAGCAUCAUCAUCGGUGUCUCUGUGUCCAAAGCUGCAGCUGCCAUGGGUGGUGUCUUCAUUGGUGCUGCUGGUCUGGGGAGUCUGAGAAUCCGCCCUCAAUCAGGGCCAGACCAUGGGGAGGGAGGCUCCACCGCCAAUGGCAAUAAGGAGGGAACCCGCAGCAGCCUGUCCACCGUGAGCAAGACCCUGGAGAAGCUGAAGCCAGGGGGCCGGGGCACAGAGGAGGGCUAA